AUGUCAAGCGCAAUGAAAGGUAAUGCGACUCACAAGUCCGGAAAACUGAUUUAUGAGAUUCGUUGUCGACCAAAAAAGGACACAAUGACAUAUAAAGGGUUACACGGCUUUACGUCAUUUCGCAAUCAAUCUUUAGUGACGCCCAAAAAUUUUUCUUUGAAAUCUUUCUGGAAAGAUUUUGCCGUUGCACAUAGGUCCUUGCAUAAGGGUGUGAAAUUUUUUGAAAGGGACAUUUCUACUUUAGCUGCCAAAAAGUGGAGUGAACAACCAGCUUCGGUAAGAAUCUUUUUUAGACAAUUAGAGCUAAUUGCUCUUAAGAAACAUAAGGAAAUUUAUCCAAACUACAGCUAUAAACCAAAGAAAAAAAGUUUAAAUUUCCAAAACGGCGACUUGGAAGGAAAUUUCGAAACCUUCACACCUAAAGAAAUUGAUCAAUGUGCCGAAACGACCGAAAAUAUCAUUAAUCCUAAUCCUCAAGUCGUAGGAU